AGAAAACAGAUAAAAAUAUAAGUUAUCUCUUUAGAACUCUCUGUGUCUUUAUCCUUAUUACAUCACACGCACUUUGUUUCUUCAGACACCGGAGCAAUAAUGGCAGUGGCAUCAGCGUCUAUGUUAGUAGCAUUGAAGACUUUCUUCAUUAUAUCGGCAUGGGUAAUGGCAGCUGUGCUUGUUUACUCAUUUGCCGCGGAUGGCCAAGCCUCUUGUUUCCAGCCAAGCGAAUGGUGGAUGCAAGUGGCAGAGUAUGAUUAUAUUGUGAUUAUACUUCCUAUAAUGGCGUUGUUUUUCUACAAGGAAUCAAGCUGGAUCAAGAGAAUUGGUUUUAUAAUUAUAUCAUUUUUUUGUGGAAGCUUUGUUAACUGUGGAUACAUUGCUAUUCUGUUCUACCAAUUGUCACCUGAAGAGUCUAUGAAAGAUCCAUUAUACUUUGUGCUAGCGAGACGUCAAAACCGGGAUGUCAAUACUGGACGCACGGCACGAUAUUCUCUUGUAAUAGCAAAAGUAAUGGUUACUGCGAUAGGCUGCUACCUCCUGGGGGUAAUAAUUUUCGCCUAUAUCACUGAUGGAUCUCCAUUCCAUAUGGAAGUACUCACACCGUGCAUGAUAACAGCGAUUAUAGAUAUCUCGAUCCACACUGUUGUUUACUCGGUAUGGAUAGCAUAUAAGGAGACAAGUUGGAUAAGUGCUGUCUUUUGGAUAAUUGUACUUGUAUGUUUUAGUAGCAUUGGUUUAUUCGUAUACAUAUUGCGAGAACUCUUCACUCUCUCUCCUGAGCAGCCUCUUUCUGUUAUACUUUUCAACAAAACUAACAGGGAUAGGCCAUCAAGUGAUCCUCUAUUGAAUGAGCACACAGAUGUAUAAACACAACAUUUGCAGUAACGAUAUGAAGGUGUGUUUUGAAGUUGUUAUAUACAAAGUUGAGGAUUCGAGGCUUAUUUGUGGAAAAUUUGUGGUGUGUAUGUCUUUACUUAAAAUAACAUUAAUAAGAAUUUGGUGAAGUAGCUAAAGCAAUUGUUAUGAGAAUUCAGUAGGUCACUAGUGUAUCAUGUGUGAAGACUUAAAAGUCUCAUCUAUAGAGAAGGAUAUACGUAUAAAACAGAGUUAAGUGAAUGGAAGGUUACUAUGGUUUUACAUAGGCCGGCCCCCAAUUCA